AUGGAGGGAGAUCCCACCCUGCGCCUCCGCGUCUUCGACCUCAACUGCUGGGCCAUACGCUAACUUAGCAAGCGGCAGGAAGAGCGCGUGCGGCUCAGCGGGGACGCGCUGCGCCGGGAGGGCUUCGACCUGGUGCUUCUCCAGGAGGUGUGGAGCGAGCGGGACUACAGCGACCUGAAGGUGAAGCUGGGGGGCUGCUACCCCUUCUCCCAUUACUUCCGCAGCGGGGUGAUCGGCAGCGGCCUCUGCGUCUUCUCCCGGUUCCCCAUCCUGGACACCCUCCUCUACCAGUACUCGCUGAACGGGUACCCCUACAUGCUCCAGCACGGGGACUGGUUCUGCGGCAAGUCCGUCGGCCUCGUCGUCAUUAAAAUCUCCGGGAUCGGCUUCAAUGUCUAUGUCACCCACCUCCAUGCCGAGUACUGCCGGGAGAAGGACGCCUACCUGCCCCACCGCCUGGUGCAGGCCUGGGAGCUGGCGCAGUUCAUCCGCACCGUCAAGUCGGAGCUGCAGCCCUUCCCGCUGGGCAUCCGCAUCGACUACAUCCUCUACAAGGCUGUCUCCAGCUUCACGGUGAAGUGCGAAGAGCUGAAGACCACCACGGGGACAGCCCCGGGCAUGGACAUCCCCUUCUCGGACCACGAAGCAGUGAUGGCAACGCUGCGCAUCCGGAGGCAGGGACAGGCUGCGGGUGACACCCUUGGCACAGCUGGUCCGGCCCCUCUACGGCAGGCUUUGGCAAGCGGGGACCUGGAUUUGCCGCAGCAGCUCCCUGCGGGCAGCUCAGGCAUCGCCACCUUCAGAAGCAGCUCAGGGUGA